AUGCUAACACUGAAAGACGGCCAGCUGUGGCAAGCAACCAACACUCAUUUGCUGGUCAUAUACGGUGACGAAUCGCUGGCCGAAGAGGACGCAUUCGCGCAGCUGUGCUCGUUCUAUCUACCGCAUAUCACCCAAACAGACAAGAUUUACUGGUUUCGGCGAAAAGCACCCAGCGCUCUCCCGAAAGGAAUUCAGCCGCAUCCUUGGCAGCUUGCUCGGAUAACUUUUCGCUAUUUCCGUGAAAAACUUGUAGAUGGUGUUGCUGCAUUUUGUGCUUCGGCCCACACAGUUGUUGGACGUCCUUCUGCAUUUGUUGUGGAGUUCCACGACGAAGACGUACCACAUGUGGAAUCACUGUCGACGAUUCUUGCAUUACUUUGCGAUCUUGGCAAUUACUUUUCGAAAACCUUCAGCAGUGGCACUUCGUCCGAACCAAGUAUUUACCCUGUUACUGCACUGUUCAGAACUUCGCGAAUAUUCGAUUAUGCACUAGUGACCACCCUUUAUACAAACUGCAUACUGCGGUUUGAGGACGGUGUGUGUCAAAACAUGCUAACUUGA